UUUCUACAACUUAAACUGAUUAGCAACAAUCCUAUUAAGCUCAUAAUUUUAAUAUUAUAGAUGUCUUUAACAACCAGAAAUACCAACACAUAACAAGUUUCUUAAUAGAUUUCAAUGACUAAAAAGGCAUAAGCAAGCUGCAACUCCAUUAUUAUAAAUAAGGAACUGCAAAAAAAGUAUAAAGGAUAUCAUCAAAGAAACAUGUAUGAUCAUCCUUGAAAAUGCAGCUUGAUGUCUCAACUUGUAGUCAGAAGAUUUGGACUUGAAUUUCUUACUGAGGCAAAUGACUUGACCCGAGUUUUAGCUUCUGUAUUUGUAAAGGAGAAAUCCUAAGACACCUCUAUGUGAUUUAACUUGGUUGUUUGAGGGGCAAAUGAAAAAUAUGUUUAUUCACUGUAAAUCACCUUAUAAUUUUAAGUUAUUAGUAUUCCUGUUAAUUGUAAACUCUAAACUGGAUAUGGGGAAACAUAUCCAAACUGGAUAUGGGGAAGUUUUUUUUUUUUUUUUUUGUCACCUUAUUCAACAUCUAGUAUAAUACUUUGCAUACUAUAUGCUCAAUAAAUAUUUUACUGAGUUCUUGUUCUCCAAAUAUUUGUCUUAGGUUCACAACUUUUAUGUGUUGACCUAAUCAGAUCAAAAUACCAGACUUGAAGUCCAGCAUCUCUGAAUUUACUAGUUUCUUGCUUCUCUUUACAGCCAAAACUAGGGAGAAAGAGUGUACUAGUUUCUUUCACAAAUGGCUUUUUUCUACUUUAUUCACUAUAGGUAAAUAGCUCAAUCUCUAGUAUCCUCAGGUGUCAUGGAAACAACUCAAUCCAGAACUCUACAAUCCAUUGUUCAAUCUUUAUUACUCUCAAUUUCAUUUUGUUGACACUUGUCACUGAAUCUCUUAACAGAAUUUUCAGGACUGAUGCUCAAUUUUAUUCUACAAUACAGUUGGCCUUCCUAUUUCUACUCACAUCUUCCAAUGGGAUUUCAUACUUCUGUUCUUUGGGAGAGAGAGGGGCAUGUGAAGGACACCAAAGAACAAAAUGGAAGAUGUUGAGGAAGGCAGAAAAAUCUUUGUUCAAAAAUGUGCUCAGUGUCACACAGUGGAAAAGAAUGGGAAACAUAAGACUGGCCCAAAUCUCUGGGGUCUGUUUGGCCGAAGAACAGGGCAAGCAUCUGGAUAUUCUUAUUCAGAAGCAAACAAAAACAAAGGUAUUAUUUGGAAUGAAACUAAUCUAGUGGAAUAUUUGGAGAACCCUAAAAAAUUUAUCCCUGGGACCAAAAUGAUUUUUCCUGGUAUCCGAAAGAGGAGAGACAGAGAAGCUCUUGUUGCAUAUUUGAAAAAAGCAACAGCCAAAUGACAUGUUAUUGUAGGUAUUAAAAUAACAAUUAUAAUUUUUCAAUUUUCACUUUUUUUUGUUUUGAAAAGUCACAUUUCAGUAAUUUUAUCUUUUGUUCAACCUGUUCUCUUUAGUGAUUUCAAAUAAAGGUUGACCUUUGUCA